ACCAGAAUGUUAAGUUAUCAAAAUGAAACCCGAUUUGACGUCACUUCACGUUCCCACAAUGCAUAGCAACACGCAUGCGCACUGCGCCUCUGGCGCCCCGCCCCCCGUUCAAUUUAGACAAGGCUCCCCUCAAAGAUGGCGGGCGCCUCCGACCCUCUGGAAGAUAUGCUGUUCUCCGAGGUGGAUGAGAAGGCUGUGAGCGACCUGGUGGGCUCGCUGGAGUCGCAGCUCGUCGGCAGGAGCGGAAACAAGACUUGCAGCGCAAAGCAGCACAUAGGAAAAGCGUUAUGUUCCCGGGUUACUACUACAUCCGAGCAGCAGCAACAACAACAACAACAACAACAUAAAGCCGGGACGGAGCGAGGCUCACAUCCUACUGAGAUCACCCCAGCGGGCACAGCAGCUUCUCCGGAGAGAUGCGUGAAGGCGAGUACGAGCGGUUCGCGUUCACACUCCUCCUCCUCCUCCUCCUCCUCCUCCUCCUCACCAUCAUCUUCGGUAAAGAUUAGUGGUGUGUGCGCGCAGGAUGGAGCCGCUUCUCCCGCGGCUAGCAUUAGCGACACCGGCCGCAGAGCAGCAUCAGAUCCGGGGUCCAUGGAGACGCCGCGGCAUUACGGUACGCGGAAGAAGCGCGGUGGCGCGCGGAGUGUGAACGGCGCAGCGACCCCCUCCGUGAGCAGCAACUCGCCGUCCGGGGCCGCGGUUUCCAUGGCGAUGGCGCGCGCCAACUCCACCACGUACACCGUGUCCAGCAUGAACAAGCAAGUCGCUCUGGAUAAAGGGACACCCACCAUCGCGCUACACCGACUACCGAGUCACAUCGUGGCCAGCAUUGCUCAGGGCAGGAACGGCACGAGUGUGUCGGCGCUCAUCCAGCAAGGGCGCCUGAACCACGGCAAGAACGCAGAGCGCGCAGAUGACAAGAGCAAAGCAGGUUUGCAGCAGGUUCAGCCAGAGAGUGUGAACUCGGUCCCGAGUGCUAUGUGCAAUGCGGUGACUCAGUCCCAACCUCAAUCCCAACCUCAAUCCCAACCUCAAUCCCAACCUCAAUCCAAACCUCAAUCCCAAUCCAAACCUCAAUCCCAAUCCAAACCUCAAUCCCAAUCUCAACCUCAAUCCCAACCUCAGUCCAAACCUCAAUCUCAACCUCAAUCCCAACCUCAGUCCAAACCUCAAUCCCAACCUCAAUCCCAAUCUCAGUCCAAACCUCAAUCCCAAACUCAAUCCCAGUCCCAAAUAGUAUCUCAAACUCAGUCCCAACCUCAAACUCAGCUUCCAUCUCCCUCUAAACUGCAGCCUCAAACACAACCCCAGCUGCAGCAUCAAUCCACAGUUCAACCUCAAACAAAACCUCAACCUCAAACCCAGUCCCAAGCUCAGCUUCAACUCCAACCUCAGCCUCGACCUGCAGCACCACCGCAGAGGAUAACGACUCCUCAGCUGAUCGUCAGGCCGCCACAACAGCAGGCGACGAUCCAGCUUCCACCAGGAUUUACCAUCCCGUCAGGCAUGGUGUUGGUGCGGACGGAGCUGGGUCAGUUAAUGAUGGUUCCACAGCAAGCACUGGCUCAAGCACAGGCCCAGAGUGCACUCUCGGCUCGACCCGCUGCCCCCACAACCACAGCCACCUUCAGAGUCACUACCCCACAGUCUCCCAUCUCAGUCCAGGCCCCUCGGGUUGUUCCUGCAGUCACGAACAAAGUGGUUCAGUCCCAAACCCUGAGUCCUGCUCCUCAGACCUGCACGUCCACUUCUUCGUCUUCUACCACUACUACUACAACCACCACUGCUUCUACUACUGCUACUACUACUACUACUCCUGCCCUUACUAGGCCGCCUUUGGCAGUGACAGCGCCCCAGCAGCACCCUGCAGCUCUGGCCCCCCAGGGGCCCACUCUGGCUCCACCCACCGCAGCUGGCCCUGCCCCUGGAGCAACUGUUAUCUCCCAGGAAAUGCAAGAGAAUGUGAAAAAGUGUAAGAACUUCCUGGCUACAUUGAUCAAACUCGCAUCCCAUAAUUCCCCUUCACCAGAGACGUCACGGAAUGUGAAAUCACUGGUGCAGGACCUUCUGGAUGCCAAAAUUGAACCAGAGGAAUUCACCAGCCGGCUGCAGUCGGAGCUGAAGUCAUCGCCACAGCCUUAUCUGGUGCCUUUUCUCAAGAAAAGCUUGCCAGCAUUACGUUUGUCCCUGCUGAACAGUCAGCAGUCACUCAUUCAGCCCCUGCAGCCUAAAACCACCGUGUCUCCAACGGGAGCCAUCGCCGGGGCUGUUACCACAGGCUGCUCCCCCCGGCAACCUAACAGCAUAGUUACACCACCACAGAAUAUCAAGAGGACAGGGACAAUAGGAGGGCAGGUUCGGAUGCCUGUGGUCAUCACACAGACUGUGCGGACAGCAGGUGGUGUAGGGAAGAGUCCGGUGGUGCAGGCGGGAAAAAGCCCUGUAGCAGCAAGCGUACAGCUCUCAGGGGCUCAGAAGAACAAAGUGAACGAUCCUGGGGGAGGCUCCUUCAGGGACGACGAUGACAUCAACGAUGUUGCGUCUAUGGCCGGGGUAAACUUGAGUGAGGAGAGCGCUCGUAUCUUAGCAACCAACUCAGAGCUAGUGGGCACACAGAUCCGCUCGUGUAAAGACGAGGCCUUCCUGCCCACGGGUUUACUGCAUCGACGCAUACUGGAGACGGCUAAGAAAUUCGGCGUGACGGAGGUUCCUCUGGAGUCGGUGAACUUCAUCGCUCACGCCACACAGACACGGCUGAGGACGGUGCUGGAGAAAGUGUCCUUCAUCGCCCAGCAUCGGAUGGACUCCUGCAAGGACGAGGAGUGGCACGAGCAGUCAUCAGACGUCCGCACUCAGCUCAAAUUCUUCGAGCAUUUGGAGCGGCUGGAGAAACAAAGGAAAGACGAGCAGGAGAGAGAGAUUCUCCUCAAAGCAGCCAAAAGUCGCUCGAGGCAGGAGGACCCAGAGCAGGCUCGUUUGAAGCAGAAGGCAAAAGAGAUGCAGCAGCAGGAACUGGCCCAGAUGAGGCAGAGGGAUGCCAACCUCACAGCUCUCGCCGCCAUCGGACCACGGAAAAAACGCAAAGUGGACUCACCUGGAGCGACUUCAGGCACUGAGGUGUCAGGGAGCUCCGCGGGUUCUCCAGCUUCUUCGUUGUCGUCCUCACGCCAGUUCCACCGGCAGCGAAUUACACGUGUGAACCUCAGGGACUUCAUAUUCUACCUGGAGCAGGAGCGAGAGACGAGUCGAUCUCUCCUGCUCUACCGCGCUCUGCUGAAGUAGCUAACGUCCACUGAACACUAACUAAAAUUCAAGCAACAUGGAAUCGGUAGCCAACCCGCAGCGACCUCCAGCUUCCUCCUGCAACGUGCCUUCAGCCAGGUUUCAGUUCUCCUGCUCUCCGUGUCUGUCACCAUGUCACCAUUGGUUUAUUUAUUUAUUUAUUUAAAAUAUCAAACGAUAAAGAUUUUUUCUUUUCACCUUUUUCACGUGGUUAUAGGAAACAACCAGAUUGGUUUUAAUGUAUGUGUGUGUGUGUGUGUGUGUGUGCGUGUGCGUGUGUGUCUGUGUGUGCGUGUGUGUGUAAAUCCGAGCCUGAUCUUGUCGGUGUGUUUGACAACAGCAGCAGUGUUUGAGGUGUCGCCUUGAAGUGAAAUUUUUUUGUGCAAACUUUAUGCAGCAUUAUUUAUCCACACUAAAUCGUAUUACGUUUUUAUUACAAAAGCCCAACACAGCAUUUAUUUAUUAACCCCUUCAGACCUAAAAUGUAGUUAUUUUCAAAAGUAUUUGCUCUUAACCAUAAAUAUGAUCGAAAACCAUCCCGGCAACAAGCCAGAUAUUUCAAACAUGUUGUGUAAUAUUCCCACAAUGCUAAAUUGUACAGAAUGACCUGUAAUAAACUGUGACAUUGCGCAGCAUUUGGCAGCAUGUUGCCAUAGCGAUGGUGUUACGUUGCAUAGCGCUUAGCUAGCAUGUAGAUGACCGAGCUACAGAUCAGCACCGGCAGUCAACUUAAAGCAGUUUUAUUUUUUAUUGUGGCUUAUUAAUUGUUAAUUAUGGCUACGAACAGACUGCAAAGUGAAGUGGAAAACACACAGGACGUAAAAGACGUAAAACUGAACGAGACUCUUAUAGCAACAUGACCUGAAUUCAGGAGCCUCGGAUUUUUGAGCCAGUAAAGAACAAGAUAGGACUAUGGAGUUUAUAGUGUGGAAAAACAUGGAGGAAAAAAAGAUUUAAAUAAUUACAGCCAAUCAAUCAAUCUAUCUAUCUAUCUAUCUAUCUAUCUAUCUAUCUAUCUAUCUAUCUAUCUAUCUAUCUAUCUAUCUAAUGAGCUAAAAUGUUUCCUGAGACUUUCACAUUGCACAAAAGGUCCGAAGGGGUUAAAAAAACACUUAACGUCAGACUGCAACACUUUGGUGUAAAUAUUUUCUUUCCUAACACUUUUAAUCAGCAUGUGUAAAGUUUUCCAUUUCCAUUUUUUUAAUCAACCGAAUGUUGAGUGUCCCUUAGAGAUGACUCAACAAAGUGCUACAGUUUUUGACGUACGCACUUUGUGUGUGUGUGUGUGUGUGUGUGUGUGUGUGUGUGUGUGUAUGUGUGUGUGUACUGCACACUCGUCAAAAGCCAGCAACGUCCAGAAUAUAGCAAUACGCCUCCAGUGAAGCGUGUCGGCUGAUUGAUCUGUCUUUCUGUCUGCCGUCAUGUUGACGGUCAUGUGUCUAAAGUCUGGAACUUCCACAGAGUCCGAAUAUGACUUCUUUAUCUCUUGAAGUUUUAAUGAUGAAUUAUUUAAUAGUAAUUAAUGAUUUGACGAUGACCGACGAUCAAGGCAGCUUCACAAAAAGCCUCACGUAGAGAGAAAAGACCUGAGAUCAGGACCACAAGACUGUUAGAAGUCUGUCUGGAAUUACAGAGGUCCAAAUAAAUGUUUCGUAAAUGUGUUCAAUGUGAGCAAAAAGUCAACUACGGGAUGUGUAAAACACCACAGUUAUAGACUGGUGUGUGUGUAUUGAAAGAGACGCUGUAUUAUAAUCAGUGACACAAAAUAGAUGAUUUUUGCCAAAACGUAAGUUGCUUAUUUUACCCAUGAAGUGUUAUUAGUCCUCUUGUUAUUUCCCCGUGGCAAUUAAUCGUGCCAACUGUAACGUUGUCUCAAUCACGUCGCAUAAAAGAGAACAAAACACGUCGUUACUUCCUCUUUCACGCCGUGAACCGAUCUAAGCUCACGUAUGUGGAAGAGGGCAGAUAACGCCGUGAGUCUGUGAUCGGACAGACACGAUCGGUUCACUUCACGUGUCUCAGAGGAAGCACGUGGGAGCCUUCACCCUUUCUGUUGAGGAUCUGGUGUAGGACAGAAGGACUAAAUUAGAGAAA